GCUACACUCUCACAACAGGCACAUUUCACAUCUGACUCUUGCUCUGAGGAUCUCACACAUACAGUCAAAGAGACAAUGACUCGAACUUCAGUUACAGUGAUCGUGCUGUUGGUUGCAGCUCUCAGUGUACUCUGUAAAGAUGCCUCUGCUUUGUCAUGUUGCAGAAAGUAUACCAGAGGAAAAAUACCAAUGUCAAUUAUCAGAGGAUAUUCCAUUCAGACCAUAAAAAGAAACUGCCACAUUGAUGCUGUCAUAUUCCACACAAAAGGAGGGAAGGAACAUUUGCACAGACCCCUCCAAACCCUGGGUGAUGGACAAUAUCCAAGAGCUGAAGAAGACAGUGCAAGUAAUCAGGAAAAAACAUUCAACAGACUAAUUUGACACCUUCUGUGGCUGAACAGAUGAUACUACAAUAAUUCUUCUUGGAGGAGGAUCUAUUUCUUUAUGAAAUUUGCAUAUUUGCUCUGCAUAUUUUAUAUGCAUGUUAUUUUAUACUGUUACACUGUUUGCUUUGUUAAAUUAAAUGCAUUAAAAUGAAUUUUCUAUGUAAAGAGAAAACUUGUCUUUUGUGUUUAAUUGAUGUUCUUAUACCUCAAACGUGCUUUGAAACAUAACUGAAAAUGAAUGCGAUUAAAUGUAACAAAACUGCAUAUAAUAAUAAUAAUAA